CCUUGUGCAGUCUUAGGCUUCUCUUAUUUUACUUUCUUUAGUAGAAUCUGAUGCUCCAAUUGCUUCUGAUUUUGAAAUUAGGGGAUUUCAAGUUGAUGUGUACACCUCUAGAUGGUGUAACUUCUUGUAUUUUUUAGUAGGAUCGAGUUUUUUUCUUAGUUGGGUAUUACUUCCUUUUUGAAUUUUUCUUUGUUUGGAAUGUGUUUCAGUGAUUUAUGGUGAAUUGGAUUAUUUUUUUUUUCAAUUUUAUUCUUCUUUUUUGUCUUGGGCAAUCCUUGUGGUCUGACCCUUUGUCCGGGACCCGUGCAUAGCAGGAGCUUUAGUGCACCGGGUUGCGCUUAUUCUGCUUUUUAGUAGAAUCUGCUGUCCAAUUGCUGCUGAUUUGGAAAUUAGGGGAUUGUAAGAAGGGGAUUGUAAGAAGUUGGAUUGUGUGACUUUCUUGUUUUUUUUUUUUCUAAUUGUGUUACAACUCCUUGUACUUUUGUUUUGUUUUGUUUAUUUUUCAAAUUUCUAUUCUGUUUGUUUGGAAUGUGAUUCACUGAUUUAUGGCGAAUUGGGUACUCUUUUUCUUUUUCAAUUUUAUUCUGCUUUUUCAGUAGAAUCUGAUGCUCCAUUUGCUUCUGAUUCCAAAAUUAGGGAUUGUAAGUUGUAUACGCUUUCUUGCGUUUUUAGUUUAUUGGGUGUUUUGAGGUCGUACUUGGGUAUAAUACUUUUUGGUUCCUUUGUUUGUUUCUGAAUUUCUCCUGUUUAUAAUGUGAGGAGUUGAGGGUAUUCUUCUGUUUGAUUGGAUGAGGAAGAUUUCUAAGAGGGGUGCAUGUAAGUCUGCAUCACACCAGCUCUUCAAGGACAGGGCAAAGAACCGCGUCGAUGAUCUGCAGGGUGUUUUAACUAAUCUACAAUCUGCAAGGAAAGAAAGUCGAACUUAUGAUGUUGGGUUGCUUGAAGAGCAAGUCCACCAGAUGCUGCGUGAAUGGAAAUCUGAGCUCAAUGAGCCAUCUCCGGCUUCCUCUUUGCAGGGAGGAAGCCGUGUUUCAUCAUCAGUAGAUAUCUAUAGACUGCUAUUGGGUGAGGAAGAUGAUGAUGCCACCAGUGCAUUAGCUGCACCUAAGCCCGAGCCUGAUGCUCAAAAAGUUAGCAUUACUGGUUUUCAAGAGGGUUUCGAUGCAACUCAGGUGCUGCAGGAGCAGGGUUUCCAGUUGGUUGAUCAAUGCAAAGGCUUGCCUUCAAUGGUUAAUAACACAGGAGUUAACAACCUUGGCAUUGCAACACAAUUGGAUUAUCAUUCUUUUGAUUUGCAUCAAGAAUACGAUCAGCAGUACUUAACCGGAUUUGAUGCUUUAAAUCUUUGCCUAGAGGAUGCUAUGCCUCCUAUUCAUAUUAGUCCUCCACCCUCUGCUUUCCUGGGGCCGAAAUGUGCACUUUGGGAUUGCCCUCGGCCUGCGAUGGGAUCAGAUUGGUGUCAGAAGUCUCAAGACUACUGCAGUGACUAUCAUGCUUCUCUUGCACCUAAUGAAGGCUAUCCUGGGAGGCCUCCAGUUGUUCGGCCAAUGGGUAUAGGCUUAAAGGAUAAUUUGCUUUUUCAAGCUCUUAGUGCAAAAGCACUUGGAAAAGAUGUUGGUGUCCCUGAGUGUGAGGGUGCUGCCACGGCAAAGUCCCCCUGGAAUGCACCCGAGCUAUUUGAUCUUAAAGUUGUUGAAGGUGAAAUAAUUAGGGAGUGGCUUUUCUUUGAUAAGCCUCGAAGAGCAUUUGAAAGUGGAAACAGGAAGCAGAGGUCAUUGCCAGAUUAUAAUGGACGGGGUUGGCACGAGUCAAGGAAGCAAAUGAUGAAUGAAUUUGGAGGGCUGAAGAGAUCCUACUACAUGGAUCCACAACCGAUGAAAAAUCUAGAAUGGCAUCUUUACGAGUAUGAGAUCAACAAGUAUGAUUCAUGUGCCUUGUACAGAUUGGAACUGAAACUUGUUGAUGGGAAAAAGAUUCCUAAAGGGAAGAUUACUAAUGUAUCAGUUGCUGAUCUGCAAAAGCAAAUGGGAAGACUUACUGCUGAAGUUCCUUUGGACAACAAACGAACCGUGAAGGGCAGAGCAAAGGCCAGUAUGAAGAAUGUGGGAAACAUUCAUGCUCCUCCAGUUCCAGUUGUUCCAACUUGUGAAGGAUUUGAUUAUGGGAAUAUCGAUCCUUAUGACUAUCUUGUAGAUGAUAUGGAUGGGUACUUCAUAACGUAAUUACAUUCCAUGAUGCUCUUUUCCAGCAAGAGGCUUUUUGCCUUUGUAUUAUUCACCAGUUUCAUCUUAGAUUCAAACAUCCAGUGUUAGAAGUGUUGCCCUGGUUAUGUUUAUUUAUCAGUCGGGGUCAGCAGGAUGCUUCCCCUUUCCAUAGGGGCUUACUGGCAAUGCUUCGUUGUCAUCUGAGACACGGUACCAUCUAACUAUGGAAGCACAUUCAACUGCAAGAAAUGAAAACCCUAUUUACUUGUUCUCAAUUUACGUAUUUUAGAGUCAAGUUGACACUAAAUGUAUUUAUGUUGUAGUGUCAGCUUUGGUGACCAAAUGUAAUGGUCAGUUUCUUCAAGAUCUGCAGCUAUUUUAUGUGUAAUGGGGUUUCAUUGUUAUGAUUUAAUAGGUUCUUUGUAAUAUUUGCUCAACUAUGUUCCGGCAGGCCUGUACAAUCAAAUGGAAAGAUAUUCUCCUUUUAAUUAGUUUUGUUACACAAA